AUGGAAUUUUGCAGAGCCACACCCCCGCCCGAUAUGUCCUUCACGCUGCCCAUUCUCCUCAUUCUCAUCGUCUACAUUGUCGUUUUUGCGAUUGCGCUUGUUGGCAAUGGGACGAUGUUCCUCAUUUUGUGCAGGAAUCAACUUGUCAAAGUGCGUCGUGUGCAUUCUCUUCUUCUCCACAUGAACAUCGCUCAUCUGAUGGUCACUUUUUUCUAUAUGCCAAAGGAAAUCCUUCACAAUUACAUGAUCGCCUGGAAUGGAGGGGAUUUUCUUUGUCGAGCCUGUAAAUUCUUCGAUGUUUUCGGGAUCGCUUUGUCGGCAAAUGUUCUAAUUUGCAUAUCGUUGGAUCGUUUUUAUUCGAUUUUCUUUCCAUUAUACGCCAUGAAAGCGAGAAGAUCGGUUCAACAAAUGGUCGUGAUUGCGUGGAUUGUCUCGUUUGUCACCAGUGCGCCACAAUUCUACAUGUUCCGUGCCACGUCUCACCCUUGUUAUCCCUGGUUCUCGCAGUGUGUGGCCCGGAAUUUUAUCGGAGAGAUCCCACAUCAAAUCGUUUAUUGGUACUCGAUUGUCAACAUUGUGCAGGUUUACUUCUUGCCCCUUCUCGUGACCGUCGUUUGCUAUUCAUUGAUUUUGUGGCGAAUCUCGCAUAAAAAUUGCUUUAAAUCAGAAACCGAGAAGGGCGGACUCUUGCGCAGAAAUGGUGGCGACAAUUUGCAACGAGCAAGAUCGAGAACUUUGAGGAUGACUUUCGUCGUCGUUUUUGCUUUCCUUUUCUGCUGGACACCCUACGCAAUCAUCAUGUUUUUGCAUUUCACAACAAACAGCAAAGAGUUAGUGCCAAAAGAGCUGCGAAAAUUCAUUUACGCUUUCGCUGUUUUCAACUCGGCUCUUUCCCCGUAUUUGUACGGAUAUUUCUCGUUUGAUGUCAAAAAGGAGCUAAAACUCUUGCUAAUGUGCUCGACGAGAAACGCGGUCUCCGAGCGUUUCAUCUCGUAUUCGUCGACGAUACAUGCUGGAAUUCGCAACAGCUCCCGGAUCCGUAAACGCAGCCAAUCAGCCACAAACAUCAGCAAAGAGACAAGUCUGUCAACGAGU